ACAAACGUCACUCGUUGUCGUCAAGUCAAUGUCAGAUAUAAUUUGCAAUUUCGUAAAUAAUUCUGCUCGUGUGUGGUAUUUAUUAUAGGUUGCAAAUAUCUAAUACUAUAAAAUGUCUGGUUUUACUGAAAACGCGUUAAUACGUAAGCUACAAGAUUUAAAUUCAAGCCAACAAAGUAUACAAACAUUAUCUCUAUGGCUUAUUCACCAUAGAAAACACCACGCCGCUAUCGUUAAAACUUGGUUUAAAGAAAUGCUAAAAGCAAAAGAUAACAAGCAGCUAACAUUCAUGUACUUAGCUAAUGAUGUAAUACAAAAUAGUAAAAAGAAGGGGCCGGAAUAUGGAAAGGAGUUUGGCAAUGUUCUUACAGAAGCCCUAAAACACAUGGCUAAGACUGGUAUCAACACUAAAACCAAGCAUUCUCUUCAUAGGAUAUUAAAUAUUUGGGAAGAAAGAGGUGUUUAUGAUCCGGAGAGAAUAAUAGAGCUUAAAAUCAUUGUUGAUCCCAAUGAUGCAGAACUAGUUAAUGCGCUUAAACGAAAAAAAAUUGAUACAGAAAUAAAAGAACCCGAAAAAAAGCCAAGACUGACAGAAAAAGUUAAAGAGAAAAAAGAAAAACGUAAGAGUGAGACCAAGUCUAACUCGGAUGGACAUAAUGACAAACAUUCUUCAGUCAGUCCAAAUACUCCUCCUGGUGACCCACCGGAGCCCGAGGAACUAAUUAAGGCCUUGUUGGAGUUAGAAUCUAGUGCCUCAAGUGAUGAAGCGGUAAGAGAGAGAAUAGCAUCACUACCUCCAGAAGUUUCCGAAGUGCAAUUGUUAUCUAAGCUAGAAGAUAAAGAAUCAGCUGUAAGCCUCAGUGCCAUUGUAAAUUCAGCCGUGGAACUCCUUGCUGAAUAUAACUUGAGGCUGUCUGAUGAGUUGGAGAAACGAAGGAAGGUCGCGGCCAUGUUGAGAGAUUUCGAACAGGCUCAACGUGAACUUGCCAAGAAAGCUGAGUCUAAACUAGAGGAAUACAAUAUUAAACUACAGAAGAUUUAUGAAGUUAAGGCUGAAGUGAAGUCUCAUAUAGAUAACCUGCCUGACGUAUCGAGAUUGCCAGACGUGACGGGAGGCCUAGCGCCUCUCCCUUCAGCGGGAGACCUCUUCAGUAUUUGAGAAUUAGAGAAUUUAAUUAUUUAUAAAAGCUUAACCAUGGCUUCAUGCAUACAAAUUAUAUUGUUAUAGCGUUACUAAAAUAAAAUAGUUGUAGACGAUAAACAUUUUUUCCUCUUUUCGAACGUAGCUACACAUAUGGGACAAUUUUAUAAAUUUAAAAAUUACCUGCAUUUUUAAUAAUCGAAAUGAAUGUAGUAACUUGGCUUAAGCAAUAAAAAAAUAUAAAAAGGGGAGGAUUAAGUUUAGAAUCAUUAACAUGGUGCCUUUGCCCAUCAGUAGGAUAUAACUGCUGGUACUUUGUGAGGUUCACGGCCAAAGCUAAUUGUAUAAACUGGAUCUCAAUAAGUUCUUCCACGUGUAUUUAAUUGGUACAAAACUAAAAAUUAACAUAUUACCGUUGAGAAAAUAUCGAAUUUACAUUUAAUUGCAAUCUAUAUCUAGUAUUAAACAAUUUAAAAAUAAAUAAAUAAUAAAAAGUUUCUUGGAACAUUAAAUUUUACAAUUAUUAUAAGUGAGGUUAUUUUCAUUCACAAUUUUUACUACUUGUAACGAAUAUGUCUAGCUAUUCGUUCGUUAAAAUGUAAUUUAAAAAAAUGUCUAUGAUCAACGAAUACAAAUUCAUAGUUGUUGGUUUUUGAACUUUGGGGUGUUUGGGUUAAAAGACACGUAAUAUGCUCAGCUCUAUAGAACAUUUUUUUUAUUUUGUCUCUGUAUUUAUAGAUUUCUUAACAGUUGACAGGCUUUCUUGGCAUUAGUACCUAUGUAUACAUUAUCUUUAUAGUUCUCCCUAUGUUAUUAUGAUAAUCGUGUUUUUUGUUGUACGCAAUAUCUCAAGUAAUCUAAUUGGAAUAAAAGAAUUGCUAUCCUUUUCAACCCUAUACGCGAAAGAACGAUAAUCAUAAUUUGACAGGACUCAAAUACGGACUCGUAUUUAUAACCAUAUACAUAAGAAAGAGAUAGCAACAUUAUAGUCCUAAUUUGACAAGAAUUAAAUACUCGCUUGUCUUUAUAAUCCUACACGUAGGAAAGAGAGCAAUGUUUUAGUCCUAAUUUGACCGAACCUUAAUACUAGAUAUCCUUUGACUAUGAAUUAGUUUAGAUAUUGUGAGUGAACAAAAUUAGCACCAAUGUCGUUUCUCAAUUAGCGGGAAUAGAUAAAGAGCAUUUGACCAUGAUUGUACCGCGUUGUACCGAAAUGUUCCAACCCGCUGAAACAUUAAUAAGAGUUAUUAAGAUUAAAAAGAUUAAAUAUAUUUGGUAAUAAAAUAUGUUUUUUAUUGUUAAAAAAAAAAGUAUUUUACAAACGUUUCAUAACAUUAUGCAAUUAUAUUAUACAUGUAAUAAGAAGAAAAAAUAUCCCAAUUGGGUGCGUUCGUUUUUCUAUUAGUCGGUAAUAAACAACGAAAAUGCCGUCGUGUGAAUACUGAAAGUGAACAUACCACAGUUAUAUAGCUAAAUUAUUUUUGUAUUUCUAAACUAGCCGUCUUUUUUUUCGUUCUAAUUUAAAUACUCACUGUUACUCAAACAAUAUAUAUAUAUAUAUAUAUAUAUAUCAUUUGUAAAUAUAAGACACAUAUACUGAUAGCACACAUAUAUAUUAUAUAUAUGUGUGCCAUCGUGGAAUAUUUUUUCUUUUGUUUUGUUAGGGUUUGGUAUAACAAAUGUACACUUUUUAAAAUCAUUGACUUUAUUUAACACUGUUGCUAUAAAAAUAGUAUUAUAUUUUAAAUCCAAAUAACUUUUAUUCGUGUUUGUGGAUUCGAACAUUUCUGUGCAACACUAAAUUAACAAAACAAAUGCGUCAAUUUUGUAAUGGAAUUUUCAUACAUUUUGGUGUUUAAACAAACGAAAUCGACAAUCACUAUGUUACUUUGUCUAGGUCCGCUGUAGUAUUUCUAUGUAGUAACUAGUUGCUGUCAUAUAAACUUAGCACAGCUUGCUUAACACUAUCCGUAAUAAUAAUUUUAACGGUUGACGUGUUUGUUAGGAGUGUUAUUUGUUCGUUUUUUAAGAUUUAUAAUUGUUAAUUAAGCAACCUUCUUCUUAAACAUAUAGCGUGAUGUUUUACAGAAAAUAGUAUAAAAUUAUUAUUACAAAUAUAAUAUGUAGUUUUCUUAUUAAAUAUUAUAUAUAAUCUUUACAUCCAUACGCGUAUGAUAGUUUAUCAUUCAAUCUGAGUUUAAAUGUAUGAGAAAAAUGACCGGAAACAAUAUCGAUGCCUAAUAAUGACAUUUUAUUGCUGAACACGUUAAACCAUAUAUCUGAUGAUCUGACACACUAAAAAUGUUUGUUAUAAGUUGGUAUAAGUGAGUUGGGAAUGAACUCUUUUAUUUAAUAGCAUAAAAUCUAAAACAGUUUAAAGAUGUGUGCGUUACGAAAAUGUAUCCAAGAGAUAACAGAUAUGUAGUUGUAUAGAGCAAUAUUUCAUAUAUAAAUCGAUACAAGAAAUAAACUCUUAAACAAUUAUCACAAUCGUAUUAGCUAGAGGCUUUAAAAUUUAAAAAUAAAAUAUAAUAACUUUUUUAAAUUUAUGCGUUAGAAAUUUUCAAAGUACUUCAAUAAUUUGUCGUUAAAAACAGUGUGAAUAGAAUUAGCUCGACCAUAAUAAAAAAUAUAUUUUAUUAUACCAUAGACAAAUAGUUCACAGUUAGAAAACGUUCUUAAUUAAAAAAAAGGAAUUAUUAAAUAUGUUUCGAAGAAAUAAGUAUCUUGAGUCUAUAAAUAAAUGUCAUUGCCUCUCUAGCACUAGCAACAUACUAGUGCUUAUAUUAUUAUUUUAUAUAAAAUAGAUUUGAAUGAUAUAUAAUUAUUAUUAUUUGAAAUAGAAUAAAAAGUAUAGGGGUAGGGUAACAUGUAAUUUACUUAGAUCCAUCUGACGUCAAUGGCUAUUAAUUUAAUAGUGUUUUUUUAAUAGUUAUUAUUAGUUAUGCUUCACCUCCUUUAACUUUUGACAUCUUUUGUUCGGAAAGAUGGCCAUUAUGCUGUCCUAGUUUAAUGUUUGUAUGUUCAAACAAAAAUACGACGAAACCAUUAGUAUUUUUUUGUAAAAUCAUUUUACAAAAUCACUAACAUAAAAUUUGAUAUAAUAUACUAGCCUUGAGUUUGUUAGUACCGAAUUACCGAUUCUGUUCAUCCGCAAUUUCCAUAACCGAUUCCAAUCGUAGGAAAUGUAAAUAAAGAACUUAAACCUUGAAUUGACUUAAGAUCAUUGUCUAUGGUAAUUCCGUAUAGAUUCGUAAAAAAAUGGCGUGUUGAAUGUCGUCGAUAUCGUCAUUGGAACAUUGGAAGUAAAAUUGAAUUAAAGUUGAAUAGUAUUGUAUAAAUAAAUUCAUUAAAAAUCUUGAUCGUAUGGAAUAUGUAAAUUUUUGUUUGUUUAUCAUUAUUCUUCCUGUUAUUAGACAUUACUAUAAAUUAAACUGAUGUCAUGUGAGAUUUAUUUCUCGUUAAAAAGAGAUAACAAUAAUUUUAUUCAUUUCAAACAACUUAAUUUAUAAACUACAUGACAGAAUCGGCAUUAUUUGAUAAGCUACUCAUAUUAUACCAUUUAUAUAAUUUAAGUUAAAAACGUA